CUCUGGCAACACCGUGAACUUAGAUGCCACAGCGAAGCGUAAAAAUUUCCCGGCGGAUGUGCAUUAGAGAAAAUCUAUUUUCUUUGCGUGUUUUAAACAAUUAAAGUGAAAAUAAAAUCAUUUAAACGCAUUUACAUUUAUUGCUGCCUUACAUAAAAGCUUGUAUUAAGUGCAAUCUGUAUUAUUAGUGCAUAAAUAUCGGUACAAAGAAAAAGGUUGAAAUGAAAUUGAAUUUCGUAUGUGCAGCCGCCAUUUGCCGGUUCGGUUUCGUUUAACACGAGCAUUUCGUUGUGUGAUUACUUAAAAUUGUUAGAUUUAUGCAGUUGCUCAUAUAAAAUAGAAAUAAAUGUGCAAAUAAUUAUUGAAUUUAAAGUAAUUGAUACAUAAAUAUUGUGAAAAAAUAGUUGACGUAAGCCUUUUGAAUAUCAAAGCAAAACACCUUAUCGCGAAACAAAUAUACAAAAAAUCAAGAAUUUAUCAUCCAAAUAAUUCAAAAUCUACAAUCGCAUAUUUGAACAUAAAACACCAUGCCCAGAAUCAGUUCAAGUAGAGCAAAUCGCAGCGAAUCAAAGGCAAAACAAGUUGCAAUGCAACAACACAACAUGAAGCCCAUUGAACGAAAUAGCCCAGAAAAAGUAAUUGUUAAUUCACAAAAUAUUCAAGUAGCUCUACAAUCGUUUAUAAAUCGUCAUCGUAGCAGCUUACAAAAACUAAUGGAACAAAACAAUAAGUUGGGACAACAAAACGCGCUCUUAAAUGUACAAUUAAGCAAUCAACAGGGCACCGUGCUGGCGCUGAAUGAAAAAAUUACUGCCGGCAACAAGGAGAUUACCAAAUACAAAGAGGAGCAAACCCGCUUGAUGGAGAGUAAAAGCCUACUGCGCACUGAAUUGUUGACUUAUAAAAAGCGCUAUGGUGAAUUGCUGGUUUUCAGUGAAAAGGAGCUGAAGGAGUGUGGUGAAAGGGAGGAAGUAAUGAAAAAUGAGCUUGAUGCGAUUCGUAAAGAAUUGCAAGACAAGCGCGUUGAAUUUGAGAACAACAAUGCAGAGCUAAUUCAGACUAGAAUUGGAAUCAAAGACAGCAAACUGCAAUUGGAGCAACUGCAGAAAUCUUUUAGCGCUGUGCAGAAUGAACUUGCGCAAAAAGACCAAACAAUUAUUGGCUUGCGUAAAGAACAUGCUGAUUAUAAAACCGAAACUGAGAAAACCAUCAAUAAAAUGCGCGAAAUCCAGCAUAUAUUCUACCCAAAUGCCACAAAUCCCUUGCCGCAUAUACAACGGCACGAUGAGGGUCGCGCAACGCAACCUGUCAGCAUUACUGUACAGCCGAGACCACAGAGCAGAGCUGCAUUAAAGCGCACUUCUUCGUCGUCUUCGUCGGACACAGAUGAAGAUGAGCGCGUAUUAAUGCGCGGUUGGAGACCAACAAGAAUCAUUCAUACGUUACCGACGCGCGCUGAAAGUGCUAGAGGUUCAACGGAAAUUCCACCGACAUCUGAAAGCAGUGUGGAGCAGACUACACGUACACAAAGACGUUUACGACGUAAUUGAAAAAUAUGCUGUUCAAGCUAUUGGCACACUUUAAUCAGCAAAAUUUAUUUCUUCUUCUUUUCGAAAUCAAGUACUUACUCCCAUUGAAAUACCCUUAAAUGUUUAUUAAACGCCUAAGUACUCAAGUAUAAGUGUUCAAUUAAAAUAUAUGAAUUAUUAA